GUUGGUGCAAAAUGUAUUGUGCUUUAUUUAUUGUAUUAUUUACUUGUCGCAUUAUUUUGAACUAUCCGAAAAAAUGAAUGAAUGAAUUACACUUGUCUAACUCUAUUUACCUAAUUUUCUAAUAUCAUGGACUUACACAAAUCUCGAAAUUCACGUUCUCUAGCUUCCGCAAAACAGUAUCUAAGUACUUAUCUGGAUCAUCCAUUUGAGAAUACAAAUUUCCAAGAAAGAAUACUCGCAAAUCUUCAAUGCAAAAAUGGACUCUUUUGUAGCAAGAACUUGGACUCAAUGCCGUGCACCACGAAGGGGCAAAGGCUGCCGCCCACCGCAACUGAAACAGGUCGCAAUCCCACCAGAAAUAGGCCUCAGAGGAAAACUAUUCACGUACAACUUGGAAAGAUUGAGUCGAAAGAAAUGAUCAAAUACAAGUGUGACCCCAAUAGACCAACGACACACCAUUCUUUUGUGACCGCUUUCAUCUUGUUGUUUAAUUAGAGUUGAAUAUCCGCUUCGAGCUGCGGUUCGACUGCAGUACUUGAUGCACAGCACAAACGUUCUCUUGAACGAGCCCGAAUUUAUGGACAAAGUUUAUGAUAAACUCAUCGAAGAAGAGUCCAAAGGCCUCAAGAAUACAACAGUGGAAAGAGAACAAGCCGAAAAAGAUAGGGUGAAAUCACUAGUAAUUGAGGGGAAAAUGGUCCCUCCAGCAGACAUGGCAUAUUUAAAAAAUCACCCAGUGUUCAAAGUGAACACAAUGUUGAAACGACUAGACCAACACGACAAGGGAUUUCUGGCUCCGACAAUACAGGGCAAGAUUAGUCCGGUGGAGCCUUAUGAAUUUGACGGAGAUAAAUUCUUCAAGCAUCUGCACAAGAAAGGUGGAUACUGGAUACCGUCAGAAGAGCUAAUCGCAGAGGAGGAAAAACUUGAAGGAAAAAUAGCCAGGGCUAAGCUACGCCUUCGAGAAAAACGUGCCAAAGAGGUUGGUCACGAGAAAAUGAUGCGAGUUUUGUAUGAAAAUGACAAUGAAGAAAUUAAUCGUUAUGAGAUGACAAGGGGCUCCGACGCCAGUGUUACUUCGUAUCAGAGCCGAGCAGAAAACAUUUCUCAAAUGUUAAGUAGUCUCAGUAAUGAAAGAGAGCGACAAGCAGCAAGCUUUCGGAGACGACGAGCACAGUUGGAACGCGAAGAGGCGAAACGGCAGGAACAAGCGUUGUUUCGACAAACGGCGAGAGACAGAGUUUAUCUUAUGGCCAAAGAACUGGAACGUCAGGCCUACGUUGCAAGACAUUACCAGCGACACAUCAACAAACAAAUUCCACCUGACGCUGGACUGAGUAUGCUCUUCAGUAAACCUAAGCACAAGUUCGAGAAUCUUUUUUCGGCUCCGCCCACUCCACCGGAUGUGGAAGAAACCAACUCCUUUCAAAAUAUGCGGCGUUACUUUGGCGUACGGGGGACUGACUUUGAAAGGUUUCAAUCCUUCAAUAAUCCAUUGAUUGAGAGAUAUCUGGACGUUGUAACUAAGGUAGACGAUAUCCUAGAAGGGGCAGCUGCAGUAACUGACAUGUAUUCCAGGGAAGAACAUCAUGCCAAAGAUUUGUUGAAGAAAAUCAAACACGGGAUUAAUUAACACGAAUAGUUUUAUAAUUGUCAUUUAUUGAUAAAUGAGCUUAUGUAUCAAGUUGACCCUUAUAAAACUAAAACUACUUAACUGUUUUAGUGCAACAAUUUCAUAAACAUAACGUAAUUACCGAUAAUUCAUUCAACAACAAAAAAUUUAACGAGCUACAUAUUAUACUAUAUGUACAAUAAGUUCAGCAAUUUACUUUAUUAAAGUAGACAA